AUGGCUGCGCCUCAAGAAGAAAAGCGAGUUUCAUUGAAGCUUCUGGUGAACAAAGAGACCAACAAAGUUGUAUUGGCAGAGGCAGGGAAGGACUUUGUGGACGUUCUCUUAAGCUUCUUAACAAUGCCUUUAGGAACCAUUUCCAGACUUGUGCAGAAGGACUCAGAUAUGGGAACAGUUGAAGUUGGUUGUCUAAGUUCACUGCAUCAAAGUGUAACAAAUCUUCAAAAGUAUCUGUGGACAGAAACAUGCAAAGAAAUGCUAUUGGGACCAAGGAGUUCUUCCGAAGAUUAUUGCAGGAGUCUGAAACUUAACAUAGAUGACACUCGUCCCACGAAGUACUUCAUGUGUACCAACUUGCCUAACUGCAGCCAUAACUUGUUGAGCACUUUCAAAAAUGAAAGAUGUGAUUGUGGACAUCUUUUGAGUCGUUUAGUUUCUUUCCAGAGCGACAAGGUUUACGGUUUUGUAAACGAUGUCGCUACUUUUAUUGUCACCGAUGAUCUGGUUGUUAUUCCAAACGCAGUGGAUACAUGCUUUGGUGUCUUGGAGAAGUGUGGAGUAAAAUGCUCAGAUUCGGUAGAAGAAAUGACUGUGAUUGUCACAAAGAAAAAGGUACUGGAUCUGCUAAAAUGUUCUUUAUUGUCCAAGUCAACUCUGACGGAUUUGUUCCUAAUUAAGAAACAAUUGCUGGAGAACUCAAGUUUCUCUCCUCCUAUUGUUGAGAAUAGUAGUACAAUCCAAAUCAAAGUGAAGCUAAUUAUGAGAAAAUCAGAUGGGAAGAUAUUGUUUGCUGAAGGAGAAGAAGAUUUUGCAGACUUCCUUUUAAGUUUUCUCACCUUCCCUUUGGGUGGAGUCGUGAGGAUGUUAGGAGGAUUUGCUUCCCUGGGCAGCAUUGAUGGAUUGUACAAGAGUAUAGUUGAUUUAAAUGAAAACAAAUAUUUGAUAGCAAAGGGAUUGAAGAACAGGCUUGUUGAUCCUAGCCUUCCCCCACAGUUCAGAUUAAGCAUGCAGAUGUUUCCAAUUGAUGAACAAGAAGCUUCACCAUAUUAUUGUUAUUAUCAUCCUAGUGGUUUUAGAGAAAGCAUUUAUUAUAAUAAAUUCUAUAUAGCUAAUGGUUGCAGGAGUGAUGAUAAGAAUAGUGAAAUUUAUAAAGUUUUGAAAUUAGUAGAUCUGAAGUCAUCUUCUGGAAGGCUUAAAGGUUAUGCCAAGGGUCCAGCAAUGUUCAUGGCUACAGAUGACUUGGUUGUGGAACCCAUGUCUCCAACUUCGGGUUUAUCUUUAAUCAACCGUUUAAAGACACCUCUUAAUGACUUGAAGGAAAAGGUUGUCACCAUUGGUAUCAAAGAGGCUCUUAGCAUAUUGAAAGCUUCUCUAACCUCUAGAUCAGCUCUAACCAAUGGUCUCAGCCACUUGCUAACCGAAGUUGUGGAGGUGAAAUGCUUGGUUGAGUGA